AUGUGGUCGUCUUCAAUGGUAUAUUGUGUUCUUAUUUUAAUGUUGAUAAUAUACUUUAUUGAGGCUACGGAAUCAACAAUAACGUGCAAUAACAUUGAUAGCAACUUGAGUAAUGUUUGCUCAGGAAAUGGAAUUUGUAUUUCCAAUAAUGUUUGUUCGUGUUAUGUUGGUUUUGAUGGAGCUGCUUGCGAUACACCAAGAACUAUUCAGAAUUUAUUUGCAGGAUACUCUGUCUUAUCAAGAAAUUCUUCAAUAUCAUCCAACAAAAUAAUUAAUUUAUUUGGAAAUGUUGCAAACACUCCCUCAUCGUCUCAACUCUAUACUAAUUUCAAUAUAACAUCAGGUAUUACACAUGAUGGAGAUGUCUAUGCUUCUCAUUACAUUAACCAAGCAGAACAAUACUUUAAACAAUUAGACAACCUUCCUUGCGAUUUUACUCUGAGAUCAUCUCCCCGUAUUGGUAGAAUUGAGGUUCGUUAUGGAGGUGUUGGUUGUUUUGAGGCUGGUUGGACUGGUCCAUCAACAGUGGUUAUUAAGGGCUCUCAACGAGUAGUUUUCAAGAUUAAGGGUAAUUUCAUUACCAAUGAAAUAACCUUUGCUCUCUCCAAAUGUGCCUCAGAGAAUAAUAUUUACUGGCUUGUGAAUGGUAAUACAAAGAUAACUAACAAUUUUAAGGGAAUUCUGAAAACUGCUGGAAAGGUCGAUAUCACUAAUGCUAACAUUGAUGGAACAUUGUUCAUUAAUAAUACCUCUGCGACUUUUACAAAUGUAACCUUUGGACCUGUCUCCACAUUUGAUCCAUAUCAGUCAUUAACUAACUCUGAGUGCUCUCUUUCUUCUUGUUAUGGAAUCCUUUCCAAUGAAACAUCUGUUUGUGCUGGUGUAGGUUUAUGUUACGAUGACAAUGCCUGUUUUUGUCCAUUGGGAUAUGGACAAGAUUGUUCAUUACCUUUGUGUUAUGGAGUGCUUCAAAACUCUGCUAGCGUAUGUUCUGGCAACGGUAAUUGUACAGGACCAGAUACAUGUGAAUGCAAAGAAGGUCAUCUGGGAUUGAAUUGUUCAAUUUCUCUCCCACCUUGCUAUGGAAUUGGAAAUGAUACCAGUCGCAUUUGCUCAGGUGUUGGAAAUUGUACAUCGAAAGGAGUGUGCAGUUGCCCUGAUGGAUAUGGAUUUGAUUGCUCAGUACCCAUUUGUAAUGGAGUGCUUGCCUACAACAAAGCAUGCAGUUCUCAUGGUACAUGUAUUGCCCCUAACAGUUGCUCAUGCUCAUCUCAUUAUCAUGGAGACAAUUGUGAGCUUACUACAUGUUUCGAUAUUCCAUCAGAUAAUUCCACGACUUGUUCUGGAAAUGGUGACUGUAUAGAUUACAAUCGCUGUAGAUGUUUUGAUGGGUAUCAAGGAAGUGAUUGUGGUCAGUUGACAACUACAAUAAUCUACGAAAAUAUCACAAUCUAUGAGAAUGAAACCAUAUGGAUUGAAUAUAACACCACAGAAUAUAUCAAUGAAACUAUAUAUAUUCGUCAAAAUCAAACAGAUGUAGUAAUUGAUGAUGGUGCAAUUAUAUUUACACCAAACCCUACAGGAUCUAAUCCAAUUACUUUCAACACAACUAGAGUCAAUGUCACUAUUAUUACCUACUAUAAUGCAACCUCAAAUUCUACUACCACAGUGACAACAACUACAACAACUGUUGUCGUGUAUACCACAAUAGUGUGUAGUAAAUCCCUUAAUUGUUCCAAUCAUGGAGAAUGUAAUUCCAAUGGAGCUUGUACUUGCUAUUCAAACUUUGAUACUGGUUUUUGGUCAGGUUCUAGUUGUAACACUUGUAGAGAUGGAUUCCAUGGUAAUAAUUGUGCUACAAAGGUUGUUGGACCUGCUUACAUAUCCAAUGAUUUCACAGGAGUUACGUUUUAUCUUUAUGCACCAAACUCUUACACAAGUAAUCAAAUAAGCUGCAACAAACUAUUACAUCCUGAUGAUAUCAGUAGUAACAUGUUUGGAGAUGCAAGCAAAAUACAAUGUAGCUAUGUAGAUAGGGCUAGCUACUUGUUUAUGAUUACUUUUGGGUCUAAUGAUUAUGUAUUUAAUGCUGGUGCGUCUAACUUACGUAUUAACACUCAUGUAUUUGAUCAGAGUGCAGGUUCUGCAGAUUAUCUUUCAAUGAUUAUCAAUCUACCACAAGGAUUUUCUGGUCCAGUAGCCAAGAUUUCAAUGGCGUUUACUUCAACAUACAGCUCUUGCGAAGAAAUUGUAAUUGAUGGUUCAGGAAGUACUGCACCAUAUGGAGGUAGUCUUACAUAUUACUGGACUUUGCUUAAUGCAGCUACAAUGCAGGUUUUAUCGACAAACUUUGCAAAUCAACCAAAAAUUACUCUUCCAGCUUCAUUAAGUUCUGGAAGUUACCAAGUAUCUCUGAAAAUUCAAGGUGAAUUCUUACAUCUUUCCAGUGCAGUAGUACACACAGGAACAUUCACUAAAGCUCCAAAACCUGUUCCAGUAAUAACUUUUUACAAAGGAAAUACCCAGCUAAGGUAUACUAAUCAAUUCCCAUAUACAAUCAAAAAAGUAAUCGAAUCUCCUUGUAGAGACUCAAAUAAUACAAUAGUACGUUGGGAACAACUAAGCGGACCAUCUAUUGAGUACUCAGUGGACUCCUAUAACAAUCUAUACAUCCCAAAACUCAAAACAUUUGGAAACAAUAACUAUACAUUUAAGGUAUCCGCUUAUUAUACUGAUGCAAAUUAUCAAGGUUCUAGUGAUUUUGUUUUAAUUACACAAUCACCUCCUUUGAGUUUAGAACUUUAUCAAGCUGAAGCAAAGACUGAUCACUCGACUGUUGAGGUUAUUUAUUCAGACCCAGAAUCUGCUUUAAUCUCAAAAAGUGAAACAUGGACUUGGUCUAGCUUGGAUUAUCAAGGACCAAGAUUAUAUACAUUUUUAACUACCCAAUCCAAUCAAAAAUCUUCUAGUCUUUACUUGACAUCCAAUUAUUUUGAUCCUGUGCCAGCAAUGGUCACAAUUCAAUUAAGAAUUGAAAAAUCUGAUGGUAGAUUUGUACAAAAGUCUUCAAUUGUUCGAUUUGGUGCUGUUGCUCCUUCUUUCAACGUAAUCAGUCAACAACCAAACACAGCUUACUUAAAACCAGGCUCUCCAAUUACAAUCCAUUCAUUGGUUUCUUCCUCUUCAACAUCUGUGUUUGUUUCUUGGAGAUUAAACAAUGAAAUGAUUUCAACUACUAAGACAAUAAUUCAAUCAAACUGGGGAAGACAAAUUAAUCAGGUUAUGUUUGACACCUCAAAUCUUGUGGAUGGUACAACAAACACAAUCACAGCAGUUGUUUCAGAUUCAAGCACACAAGGAACAAGUACAACCACAAUAGUUGUGCAAGUGGCUAAACGUCCAUCCCUUUGUGCAUGUGAUAUUACUCCAUCAGUUGGUAUUGCUAUGGAAACACAGUUUUCUUUCGGUUGUACUCAAUGCAAAACAACCGACAACAAUGUUGACUAUAAUUAUGGAUUUAUAGAUGACAGGUCUGGAAUGAAGGUGUCUCUGUAUAAACUCGGAGAAGUAUUUUCAUCUACUUUACCAGCUCCAUUGAAUGGAAAUACCCUUACUUGUUAUAUUGACAUAAUUGAUACUGUGACCGGAGGAUCGGUUAACAUGACAAAGAAAAUAACAGUCAACAAACAAUCAACAACAAGCUUGUCUGAAAUUCAAACCUUGGUAAAGUCUUGGACUGAUACCGUAAAUCAAUACUUGAAAGACGGACAAAUCAGUAAGAGUUUCUACAUGACAGCAACUUUCCUAAGAACCGAUACAGUGCUAGUUAGAGAAGCAAUUAAGGUUCUUGCUUCAACUUCAAGAAGAGAUAUUGUUUGCUCUCAUGGUGUUGAAGUAUCUGGAGUUUGUAAAUGUGCAGACGGUUAUGUUGGUACUAACUGUGAGGUUCCAAUAUUUGGUUACAGUCAAAGCCAGUCUGUAAAAUUAACAGCCUUUACAAACAUUAUUAAGCUUUCUAAUUCAUCUUAUGACAUCAUCAAUGAUGAGUAUUUUACUCUUUUAGUUUUCUCAAUAGAUUCUGUUUUGGAAAAUUAUGAGUAUCUAGAGAAGAAGACUGUUGGACAAGCCCUUGACACUCUGAACCUAUACCUUACAAGUGUAGUUGCUAUUGAUGACUUUAACUUGCCAAACGGAGUAGAAAUUCUUUUGAAAAACAUUAUUCAAAACACUUAUAUUUACGUCGUUGAAAAGCAAAUGUUCACAGACCAAACAGAAAACUCAAAAAAGUUGCUUAUUCUCCUCACUUUAACAACAACUCUCAUGUCAAGAACCAUUUCUUAUGGAAGUUCUUCUAGCGUAUUCAAAACUCAAUAUUUUUCAUAUACAAUGAAUAAGUAUUCAAUUUACGAUUUCCCUCCAAUUGUGUCAGAUAACUCAAGAAUAUGCCAAAUUAUUGUUGAAGGGCUGUUUUUCUCAAAUGCAAAAUCAACAAAACUUUACAGACAACCAUUUGGUUUUGUUAUGACUGUGUCAGAUGACGUUUUCCAAUUAGGACCAACUAUUGGAUUGCAAAAAUCAACUAAAGAAAACAUUCAAGCAAGUUCCUCACUGGUUUCUCCUAUUAUGUCCUUAUCAUUUAAUGGGUUGACUGCUCCUGUUGAUUUUAAUGGUAUCAUCUAUAUUCUUCCAAUCAACAAGACAACUACCUUUAAGAUAUUUGAUCAAGGAACUUUUGAUUAUGUUGAAUCUGUAACUGAAUAUACAUGUAACUCUUUUAAGGAUUCACCAGAAGCAAUUACCAAAUGUAAGCUUGUUGAAAUGAAUGCAACCCACACAAAAUGUAGUUGUUCUACCCUGGGUAAUGUCUUUGUAAUGGAAACCACAACAAUUACAAAAUAUUCCCUUACAAUCUUUGUGAUUAUGGGAGCUUCUAUUAUUGUAAUAGGUAGUGCUAUAGUCACAAUAUUCUCAUUCUGUUGCUGUUGUUGCCGUUGUGUUGUGAUAGGAAGAAGAAGAUUCUCUGAACGUCAUAGCGAGGCAAAGAUAGUUCGUGUUAAGCAUGAUGUUAGAGCAAUGUUUUUGGAAAAACCAGGUACAAAUGACUUUGUUACAACAGAAAGAGUUCAACUAAGGAAUGAUAACAAUAAGGUUACAAGAACUAUUAUAACUACAGACCCUCUCUUAGUUACAAAUAACACAAAGACAGUUGUUAUGCAAAGCCCAAGAAUGUACACAAAGGAAACAACCUAUGUUACCAAAACUCAUCAUCACCAAGGAGGACAAACAGUUGUUUUUGAUACACCUAGACCUGAAGUUGUCAUAGCAUCUCGCCCAAGGGUUCUUGAGGAAAUUGUAACCAAUCGACCAGUUGUUGUGAGAAGAAAUCAAGUUCAACCAAUGGAUGUUGAACUUGUUGAGAGAAGAAGAUAUUAA